AUGGCCGGCGAUGAACAACCACGAUCGCUGCCACCUAAAAUGGAGAUGAAUUCACCUUUUUUUCUCGGCACAGGAGACCGACCAGGGGACUUCAUCACUCCCACUUGCUUACGCGGAGACAAUUACGAUGAUUGGGCUUCAGAUAUUCAAUUAGCAUUGGAGGCACGCCGCAAGUUCGAAUUUCUGGAAGGCACUAUCACCGGACCGCAACCUCCAUAUACCCAAUCUGAUUGGAACACCGUCAAUGCAAUGUUGGUUUCUUGGAUUACAAACACAAUCGAUCCAGAGACUUCAAUUGCUAAGUGUGAGCAACCAAAAUCUAUGUCUGUUACAACUUACUAUGGCAAACUGAAUGUAUUAUGGGAGGAAUUAUUUAAGCAUGAACCGCUAAUUUCUUGCAAUUGUUGUUCGUCUUGUACUGCUGCAUCAUUGCACCAAGCAAGACGUGAACAAGGAAAAUUACAUGACUUCUUGAUGGGACUCAAUACUGAUUUGUACGCUCAAUUACGAACCAAUAUUCUUUCUCAAGAUCCUUUGCCUUCGCUUGAUCGAGCAUACCAACUAGUGAUACAGGAUGAGCGUGUGCGGCUUGCCAAGACAGUCUCAGAAGACAAGCCAGCAGAGGUUCUUGGCUUUGCUGUCCGUACCGGCGCUGGAAGAGGACGGGGAAAAAUGGAGAGGCCCGUGUGUAGCCACUGCAAGAAGACGGGGCAUGAAUCUUCAACUUGUUGGUCCCUCGUUGCUUAUCCUCAUUGUCACAAGCAUUGCCAUGACAAAAAUCAUUGCUAUGAAAUAGUGGGAUAUCCCGAGGGGUGGUCGGAUCAAAACAAGGCUGAUGGGGGUGCUGGCCGUAGUCGUCAGCUGGCUGGUCGUGGGCGUGGUUCAGCUCGUGCUAAUGCGGCCAGUAGUACAAUUGGAGCAUCCUCUACUAAAAGUUCUCCCGAUCAACUCUUCACACCCGAACAAUGGCAAGCUCUUGCGGGGUUAAUUGGUAAUGCUCAAGUUCCGGAUGACAGGUUGAACGGUAAGUUUGACACGAAGUCAUGGAUCAUUGACACCGGGGCAACUCAUCAUGUGACCGGUGAUUUGUCUUGGUUAUUUGAUACUAUGGCGUUGUUUGAGUGUCCGGUUGGACUUCCUAAUGGUGAAUCUGUUGUUGCGACCCAAUCCGGUUCAGUUCGAUUGUCGGAUAAAAUCACUCUUAAAAACGACCACACCAGGGAGCUGAUUGGAACGGGAGUUAGGCGAGAUGGACUUUACUACUUCGGCGGAGCUGAAGGUGAUUCGGUACAACAUGUUUCUGUCCACAACGCAGCAUCGACUUUGGAGUUGUGGCACAAAAGGAUGGGACACCCUUCAGAGAAAGUAGUGAAGUUACUUCCUCCAGUUAGCAACCUUAAGGAUCGACAAUUUUCUCAAACAGUGAAAGUUGUUCAAAGUGAUAAUGGUACAGAAUUUCAAUGCCUACUUGACUAUUUUUCUGCAACUGGUAUUUUAUUCCAAACUUCAUGUGUGGGUACCCCGCAACAAAAUGGGAGGAUUGAGAGAAAACACAAGCAUAUUUUAAAUGUGGGGCGGGCAUUACGCUUUCAAGCAACUUUGCCUAUUUAUUUUUGGGGAGAAAGUGUUCUUGCCGCAGCUCAUUUAAUCAACCGCACUCCCUCUCCUUUGUUACACAAUAAAACACCAUUCGAAAUCCUGUUUGGCACCCCUCCUUCAUAUGAGGCAAUUCACACCUUUGGUUGUCUUAGUUUUGCUCAUGAUCAAAAAUCCAAAGGUGACAAAUUUGCAAGUCGAAGUCGAAAAUGUGUGUUUUUGGGUUACCCGUUUGGAAAGAAGGGGUGGAAGUUGUUUGAUUUGGAUAAAAAGGAAUUUUUUGUUUCUCGUGAUGUCAAGUUCUUUGAGGAUGUCUUUCCGUUUGGUAACCCGGGUGCUGUCAAUAUUAUUCCGGAUAAUAUUGUGCCUACGGUAAAUGUUGGAAUUGAUAGUGAUUUUGCUGAUUUUGUUGAUGAUGAUGCUGAUUUGCCUCACCCACAAGCCCAAACACCAACUCCCAAUCUCAUCCACCCUGAACCCCAAACCCACCAAGAUCCGGCGCCCCAUUUUGAUACUACACCAUUGCUAUUUGUUUUUUCUCCCAAUUCCGUAACAGUUCUGCUAUGA